GAUACCAGAAGAAUAAAAUUCGUUCGCGAAGACGGACGAAGAGUCAUUUCUUAAACGAGUGUCGUUGAAUAACCACCAAAAACAAAGUUGAAAGUCUGUAAUAGAGCAGUAGAGAAACCAAGCUGAUAUUGUAAACUAUCAUUCAGCGUUUUUGAUUCGCAGCAAAACAUAAUAAGUUAAGCUGCGUACAAUAACAAUAACAAUAACGAUAUAAUUAUCAACGGAUAACAUGGAUUUCGUUGAGGACUACGUCGAAGCAAGUGAUUUACAACGUCGCGAUGCAAAAGAUGUUAUCGAUGAAUUUUGUUAUGAAAUAAAAAAAAUGCAAGGGAAUUGUCUCGAUAUCGGAUGUGGUCCUGGUUUCGUUACAAAAAAAUUGUUAUUGCCUAUUUUGGAACAUGACGUGCAAUUAGUAGGUGCUGAUAUAUCGGAAACCAUGGUGAGCUAUGCCCAAAAACAUAACGCAGAUGAAAAAUUAUCAUACAUUGUACUGGAUAUCGAAGCACCGGAAUUACCAAGUGAUCAAAUCGAACGAUACAAAAACAUUUUAUCUUUUUACUGUCUCCAUUGGUGUAAUGACUUACGGUUUGCUCUCCAAAAUGUUUACAAAUUACUACAAUCAGAUGGAAAGGCUCUUAUCGCCUUUCUAGGGCAUCACGGCGGAUUCGACGAAUACGUGCGGUGUAAGCAAAAUCCGCGUUACCAGCAAUACCUUCAGGAUGCGCACCGUUACGUGCCAUAUUUCCAAAGAAUGAAAAUUUCUACAAACUACAAGACUUCUAUAGAAAUAAGUUUGCGAAAAAUGCUGCAAGAUAUAGGCUUCAAAAUUUUACACUGUAGCAAACGCGAAAAGAGCUAUCGCUACUCAAAACAGAGCCUUAAAGAUCAUGCGUACGCCGUUAACCCUUUUAUUCAUCGGCUCCCUGAUGACAUAAGAGAAGAAUUUAUUGACCAUUUGGUCAAUGAAAUAAUAAGCCACAAUGGUCUAGUUCCGUUUGAAAGCACCAAGAACGAACAAGAUAUGUACAAAAACAUCGUAUUGAGAUAUUAUCUUAUGAUUGCAUAUGUGCAAAAAUUGCCAGCAGCCGCUUAAAGUGAUGUAAAGUGCCAAAUGUAUUUAUUUUAUUUUAGAUAACGUUUCUUCUUUAUUUAAGAUAUUUUAAAUAAUUAUUUAGAUAAUUAUAAUAUUAAUGAUAAUAUAACAUUGACUACUAACCAAUAAAUACUAAUAACAUUAAAAUUUUAAUGUUAUAGACCAUUAUUAACCAUCUUGUAAAAUAAAUAAAUGCAAUUAUGCAUAUAAAUAUAUAUACAUAUACAAAUAAAUGAAAUAUUAGGAAAA